ACGGCCAGCCGUGCCGCCGCCGUCGUCGCUUCACAUCUUUCAGGGGGUGACAUUCCGCACCGAUCCUCUUAACGGUGAAAUGAGGAGCUGCUGGGUGUGAUGGGUCGUUUUUGUUGCUUUUUAAGAGCUGAACAAUAUCAGGCCAUUCCAAGAUGGCGAUGCACACCACUAGAUGAAUGGAAGAGAGGUUUCAUCAACUCCAGAAUAAAGUCACCCACCAUCUAAACAACACUGACCCUUUGUAGAAGUCUAACAGUGUGCAAAGUUUAGUGAGUAAUGGUAACUGAGGCGGGGGAUGGACAGGGGAUAUAUAUUCCACAUCUGCAUCAUCAAACAACAGUAACAAACCUGCUAUGAUGUCUCCAUGAUCAUGGACUAGAGUGCACUACCAUCUAAGAUAAGAUCCCGUUUGAAGCACCAAUGGAGGCAGAAGCAGCUGCAAGUGUAUUGUUGGCUUUCUUCCUGUUGCGGUUUCCUGUGGCAGUGCACCCAUCAUCAUUCGGAUGUGUGACCUACAAGCACAUUAAAAUAUGCGCCAUAAAGGGUUCAUCCGUGGAAUUUCCCUGCUCCUAUCCCAGAAAUGUUGAGGUUACCCAUAUAUCAGGAUGGUCCAGAAAAUCCACAAAAUUGCAUCCUGUCUCAAAAAAACACCCCCCGAAAAAGAUGCCAGCUCAUUCGUUUAAAAAGAAAAGUAGAAGCAAUGACUGCACCCUGAAACUCACAGACCUAAAACAGAGCGACGCAUCCUUUUACUUUUUUAAAUACUCUUUUAGAAAUGUUGCAGGGGUCAACAUGACGUGUGAAGGUGCCCCUGGUGUGAGACUCCUUGUUUUUGCAUCUGCUUUGAGCAUCCAGCUGGAGGAGAUUGUUAGGGGACAGAAAGUGCCACUGGCAAAUCAGACAGUGAUAGAAGGUCAGAAGAUGAUGCUGACCUGUGUCCCCACCUGUGCUGGAAGUCUGAACUCCAACCCAGGCUACAUCUGCUUCAAGAACGGACUGCAAUUAAAUGGCAGUAGAACAAACUCGUCCUUCCUGUCGUUUGAUCCAAUCGGUAAUAAGAAUACGGGUAGUUAUGUCUGUGCCGUGAUUGGCUACAAAGACUUUACCUCGUCUGCUGUCAAUCUCAGAGUCAUGAGAAGUCCCAGAAACACUGUGGAGUUGCCUGAAAACACUGACGGUGGAUCAAAAAAGGACGGCAAAGAAAAUCUGAAACAUAGCUGUGAUGCUAACAACCCCACAGACCAAAACCUCAAGAACUGCCAGAUGCCCAGAGACAAAACCGUGUUUAAAUUCUCUAUAAUUCUUGUAGUCAGUGUUUGCGUUGGGUGGGCUAUUGCAAUAAUGGUGGCUAUACUAUCCUUCAAAUUAAAGAGAAAGAAGAAGAGGAGAAGGUGUGUCAGUUCAGUCCCAGAACCUCCUGUCCACAACAGUGACUCCUAUAUGGCUCUGGAUAUCACGUCCAUGACAGCUGAAUAUGACACACUGGACAUAGUGAAACGCUGCACGGUUUCUGAUGAAGGCGACACUAUUUAUGAGAACUUACCAACCACCGGCCUGUAAACUACUGAGAUGAGAGAGAGAGAGCUGUUUUAAAGAAUAGCUCCCCAUCAAGUAAAAAACUGUUUCAACUUUUCAUACAUGCUGUUAACUUUUUCACACCUUUAGCCAAGUUUUUUUUCAAUGUAAAAAAUGUUAAAUCUAUGAUCAUCUAUAUAUAUUUUUUGCUUUGUACAGUUUGUUAUUAUGCUGUUAUAUGUUUUAAUACUGACGUACUGAAGCCACUGCAGAGGAAAAUUAGCUAUAAGCCAACUUUGGUCCAGUUCAUUUACCACUGUACAUGUUUCUUGCUCAUUUUUUAUGACAUUUUAUGAGUUUAUGUGUUGGAAGACAAGAGAAAGAAAAUGCCUGAAAAGUGUCCUGUACUUUGUCAGUAUU